AUGGUGGCUACUGUACGUUGUAAACAGAUUGCCAAUGAGAAGUAUGCUGAUUUUUCAGGAAAUGAGGAGUGGAGCCAGUUGGAAGAGGUUGUUCAAUUUGGUCCUGUCUCUGGCUUCGGGAAGAAGCUCAGUUCAAUCUUUGAUACUUGUCUAUCAGAGUAUGAUGCACAGGCUACAUAUUUUGAUGAAGGUGUCAGAAAGCGCAAGCAGCUUGAAGAAAAAUUGCUGCAACUUGUCCAACCUGCGUUCCAAGCUUUGCUGGGACAUAUAAGAUCUGGUUCUCUGGAUAAGUUCAAGGAAGCAUUUGAUAAGGCCUUGAAUGGUGAGGAGGCAUUUUCAGUGGCUGCUCGUAAUUGCUCUGAGUCAUUUAUGGCUCUAUUUGAUGAAGGAUGUGCAGGAGUUCACAGGAAAAAUUGGAGGAUGCCUUAUCAAGACCGGUUGGAAGCCCUUCUAGAUGGAGUUAAUGGUGAAACCUGGCCUUCAAUAAGAAAUCUUUUCCGGUGUGAGACAGAAUCAGCUGUCUCUGGGAUCUCUAGUGCAUUUUCGGGCAUAUGCAAGAGGAGUAGUGGAAGCGAAAACAAAGGAAGAGGCUGGAAGGUCCGUUUGGAUGAUUAUGCUGCUGAUAAUAUUGAGAAUACUUUAUCCCUUGCCUUGAUGGAUUCCACAAAUGCUGCUGCUGAAGAUAGGAGUAUCACAACAGCUGACCCACUGGCUUCAAGCACUUGGCAAGAGGUGCCUUUUCUUUUGUUUCCUCCUCAAAACAUUGAUCAAAUCUGUCGAGUGCAAAUCCUUGUGGAGGCAAUUCAAGCGAUGGUCUGA